AACAGUUGACAAUAUUCGCUAUGCGCCGGCGCCGACCACGCGGCCCGUAGGCUUUAAUCUUGUGCACAAUUGAUAAAUACUCGUACAAUAUAUUAAACGAUAAAGAUCGUAUAAUUUGUGUCACUGUACUCGCGUUUGCGGUUCGGUUCACGUGUGUUGUGAAUUUAUUUUUGAAACAAUUAAAAAUAAUGUAACUUGUGCCCAUUUUUGCGUGUGUUAAGUGUACGCUCUUGGAUUUUAUUUUGCGAUUUAACUUUGUUAACAAAAACCUUUUCAUAGUAGACAAGGCAUGUCUAACAUGGACGACACAGAAGCUCAGGUGCAAGCCCAUAAGCUGCUUGGGCAGAAGACGCGGAUUCCUCGCCCACCUGACAAUGGACUCACGAGAGCAUUGAGAUCAUGCUGCAUCAUCCCCCAACGCUACAUCCUCGGCGUGAUGGGCCUCCUAGGAGUCUGCAAUGCCUACACGAUGCGCGUUUGUCUCAACCUCGCGAUCACGCAGAUGGUCAACCGCACUAAGUCCGGAGGCUCCAGUUACGUCGACCCUGACGCGUGUCCGAGCGACGAUCUCAUUAAUAACGUCACUACUGUUAUUGCUGAGAAACCUUACGCAAUCUUUGAUUGGGACGAAAAAACGCAAGGGCUCAUUCUCAGUGGCUUCUACUACGGAUAUGCGGCGACACAAGUACCCGGUGGAUAUUUAGCGGAAAAAUUCGGCGGAAAAUGGACUCUAGGUGUGGGACUUCUAAGUACCGCAGUGUUCACGUUCCUGACUCCAGUGGUGAUCAGAGCUGGAGGGGCUACCUGGCUGUUUAUACUGCGAAUUCUACAAGGAAUGGGAGAAGGUCCCACAAUGCCAGCUCUCAUGAUCAUGUUGGCGAGAUGGGUACCGCCUCAUGAACGUUCAUUCCAAGGCGCGCUCGUGUUCGGAGGGGCACAAAUCGGCAACAUAUUCGGGUCCUUUAUGUCGGGAAUAUUGUUAGCAGACGGCAGGGAUUGGGCUUAUGUGUUCUACUUCUUUGGAGGAUUCGGUAUCCUGUGGUUUGUGCUCUGGAGUCUCUUUUGCUUCAGUACACCAAACAGCCAUCCGUAUAUAUCAAAGAAGGAGUUGACGUAUCUAAACAACAACGUGACCACUGCUGAGAGCGCGCAUGUGAAGGACCCGGUGCCCUGGAAGGCUAUCUUGCGAUCAGCUCCAGUGUGGGCACUUGUUUGGGCCGCUGUCGGUCACGACUGGGGUUACUACACAAUGGUGACAGAUCUUCCCAAAUACUCUCACGAUGUCCUGAAGUACAACAUUGCGACUACUGGAACCCUCACAGCUUUGCCCUACAUAGCCAUGUGGAUAUCUUCCUUCCUCUUUGGUUUGGUCUGCGAUGUUUGCAUCAAGAAGGGAUGGCACACUAUCAAGACUGGAAGAAUUAUUCACACAACUAUCGCUGCUACCGGUCCCGCUAUCUGUAUUAUCCUGGCAUCUUAUGCCGGCUGCGACAGAACUGCUGCGAUGGUCUACUUUGUUCUCUCUAUGGCCCUCAUGGGAGGCUUUUACAGCGGCAUGAAGGUUAACGCGUUGGACUUGGCGCCCAACUACGCCGGGACAUUAACUUCGCUUGUGAAUACAACAUCGACAUUUGCUGGCAUCAUCACACCCUACCUUAUCGGCCUACUGACGCCUGAUUCAACCUUGGCACAAUGGCGAGUUGCUUUCUGGGUGUGCUUUGCCGUGCUGGUAGGCACAAACGUGAUCUACUGCAUUUGGGCAGACGGCAAGCAGCAAUGGUGGGACGAUGUCCGCCAGUUCGGCUACCCAGAAGGUUGGAAACACGGCCCAUUGACAAGAGACACGGUCGAACAACCAGAAUCCGUCAGACUUUCAGACCACAAAAACGCAUCAUCAUGAUCGAAGGGAAAAACAAAAGACAAUGCAACCAGUGCAACUAGUCAGUGACGAACAUAAUAAUAUAGUACAACAGUGCCUUAUACUCUUAAGUUCUCAAGGACAUAAUAGAUAGAUUAACUUGUUAUAAUCGAAUUAACAAAUGUAAUAAUAAAUCAUUUUUUUAUUCUAAUUUUA